AUGUGUCAUGGCAGUUAUAAGAAAGUUGCAUUAUGGUUACUUGAAAGACUUAGCCAGGCAAUUCGAGCCAAUGAAGCAUUAGAUCCUAUGGAAGCAAUAUGGAUUUCUAACGCAAUGGUGGGUGGAAUUAUUUGGGCUCAAAAUGAUUGGAAAGGAUAUGGCCGGCAGUAUGAUGAAACUAGCUUAUAUCCCAGUAUUAUGCAAUCAGCAAUUACAUUUCCAAUUAGUAAAGGAAAAUUCCAAAUACUUAAAGAUUUUGUUAAAAAACAUGAAAAUGGUGAUUAUGCCAUAUAUGGAAUAUAUUGGGCAGAAGUUGAAUAUAAAAAAGAUAUGAAAGUAUUAUUCAGAUAUAAUAAAUGUAACAAAUAUACUCAUACUGAUUUAUCCUAUGCCAGAACAUUGGGACUUCAAGUUAAAUUAAUUCAGGAUAAUUUUCCAAAUUCGUUAGUAUAUGAAAAGGAAACAAGAAUUCCGGGAAAAAUUAUAUUUGGAGAAUAUCAUUGUGCCAAAGAAAUAAAUCUUACUAUGAUGUUAGUGAAGGCAAUGGUAGAUUUAUUCAAAAACCCGGAAGGAGAAAUUUUAGAUAGUAUAAUUCCAGUAGGAGAUAAACAUUGGACUUUACAAUUUUCAAACCCUGGAAAUUUAUUUAAAGAUCCUACAAAGCCACCAUCUAUUAAUUGUCUAGAAAAUGCUUCAAAAAUUUUAAAAACGCUCAAAUUUGAAAAAGAAAGCAAAUGCCAUGUUAAAAACGCUAAUCAAGUUACGUGGUACGAAUGUUAG